GCGCGAACCUCCGAACGACUUUCACUACCACACGUAAAGGAACCUUCACAACGAUAUGCUGCGAUAAAAAAACCUCACAAGUGCCAGUGUUGUGAAUUAAAUAAAAAAAAAACUUUUUUUUUAUCUGAACACGAUUAUGAAAGUGUCUUAUUAUGCUGCAGCCUAGAUUAAUAUUUCCUGGAAGUGUUAGUGACAAAAUGGAAGUCAAGAACUUUUUUAUGGUGAAGACGAGCUUUUGGACAAUUUUAUGCGCGAUCUUUCUAAGCACCACUCUAGUGACAUGUCAAGAAAUAAACGAAAAUGAAUACACGGAAGGAUUGAGAUUAAAAAGAGAGGGAGUUCCGGAAAACAGGGACCUGACAGUUCUGCUCGUGAAUGACCAGAAGCGAGACUACAACACGAAGAUUGGCAGAUACCAUAGCGUCAAACCUCUCAUUGGUUUAUUGACAUCUACCGCCAGAACUUUCAUCCAAGACGGUGUUACAACUGAGUUUGCAACGCAAAUCUUAGGAACAACAUUAGAUAACGGUCGGAUAUACGCACAACUUUUAACUAAAUCAUCACUCGUUUUAUAUAAUAAGCCAUCAAAUGUUGACGAUCCCUUUAUUGUGCAACCAACACGUGUGCACUCCGCUUUCGAUGGCCAAUGGAACGUUAAACAAGACUUAGGUAUUAUAGAUCCUGAUAAGUUUAUCUUAAAGAAUACUGAUUAUUUAGCCCCCAAUAGUAAAAUGGACAUUAUCUAUGCUAGUAAACUUGCCAAAGAACCUUCUGUAUUUUGGAAUUCACCAAGUGCUCCUGAACCUCAAUUAGAUAAUCAAAUAUUAGAGGAACCAACGGGACGUAGAGUUCAAGCUUAUAAUGAAAUUCCUAGAUAUGAAGUGUAUAAUUAUCUUGACGGACCAGCCAUCGAAAGCGAGAAAAAGUUUGAAUUUAUUGUAGAACCGUCCGUACCUGACAGUGUGAAUAGUUUCCACCGUCAAAGUAAAGCUUAUGAACCAGUUGCUGACUCAGAAAACGUUAGUCCUAAGCAACCGGAUGAAACUAUAACUGAAUCUAAUGUUGUCAAAGUUAAGCCAGAUUACGAUUUACCAACAUUUACAAUUAAAAACGAGUUUUCACCAAUAUUUUAUUAUAUUGAUAAUGUCGAAUCUCGUAAUCCUUCACAACAACCAACUUUACAAACGAAAACACCUAAAAAGUUGUUCGGACAAAAGAGUGAACCUAGACCUAAAACUACAUUUACUUAUGAAGGUUUCGCUGAUUUUACAACUGUAGUCGGUGAUACUGUUAUAAUAUUUACACCUAAUACUGAAACUAGUAGGCCCCCUAAUCCCGAUGAAGUUAACGUUUUUCCCUCCGCAAAACCGGUAGAUAAGCUAGCAACUAAAAUAACAUUUCUUUCUGCUGACAUACCUGUGGCCACAGCUACGUAUAAAGCACAUGAGAUGAUCGAUGCUACAACAAUGACAACCACUCAAUCAAGUAGUGAAGAAAACAUAACGGAGCAACCAGUUUACAAUGACGAAGAAAGUUUGAAAAAAGUUUUAUAUGAGGUGGACGAUAAAACGUCACCUACCGUGAGUGUCCAGUACAACAAUGGGUUUGAUUUUAAUAUGGACGUCAUUCAACCUUCUGAAACUUCUUAUACUACAACUGAAAGCACAAGACCUAUGGAUGAUUUGGAAAAUGUACCUAUGCAAGAAUAUGAUACAAAAGCUACCGAGCCACUUAGUACAAUCCAACCGUCUACUACAAUAACAGAAGAAUCUAAAGAAUCUGUUGUAACUGAAAGUGAUAUAAAAGAAGCAUUUACUAAUUCUGAAGAAGAAACAGAAAAUACUGCAGCUGAAGUUACUGAGAAAAUGGAUGAAGCAGAAGAAGUAGAGGAAGAAGAUGAAGAAGACAAUACUACUGAAGUUCCAGAAAUGUAUACUACAACGGAAAGUGGGCACAGCGAUGAGUCAUUUGAAGAUAUUGAAACUACAACAGAAACUAAACAUGAUAGCCAUGAAGAUGUUUAUUGUACUGACGGAUUUGAAGAGCAAUCAACAAUGACAACAGCAUAUAAAACCUUAACUUAUUUAACCACUUAUUUCAUACCAUUAGAAAACACGGAAACCACAACUUCUGUAGAAUCAAAUAUUGUAGUUACGAGUGAUAUUGGCUAUCUCACGAAUCUUGUAUGUAAAACAAAUUCUAACAUUGAACCAACGUCUGUUGUAUCCGUGGAAGUGAAAAAUACUGAACAAACUAAUUUAGAAGCACCCGAAGUAGUUUCUAAAUCGAAUACAGUGUCUUCGAAACAAGAAGAUACAGUUACUGAAAGUCCAAAAACAACGCCUAUGGAAAAGGAGACUUUAACUACCGUACAAGAAGAAGAAUCUGAAACCGAUGUUGACGAAGAAAAAGAUGAUUUAACCGACAGUGUAGCCAAUGAUCAGUCAUACACAACUACAACGGAAAAAGUUUCCACUAGUCAUAUUGAGGUUUCAGUUAGUACUGAAAAUACUCCUACCGAGAAACCUGCUGUAGAGGAAUAUGACGAUGCAAAAAUAUCUGAAAAUGAAAUUGAUCUUAUUUAUAAGACGUUGUAUACGACAUAUACAUAUUUAACAACUUUCUUUGGUGAUCAAACAACAAGUGUAGCAAGCCAUAAAUCUGUGGUUACAAAUAUUAUUACAUCUACGGUUGACCUUUCUAAUUUAGACCCCUCUCUACUUGGUGCUUUCGGCGAGGAUGAUAUUACACCUACAAACGUUGCAGUUGGACAGCCAACACAAUCUUUUGCCAUCAAUAGCAUUAUUGAUUUAGUUAAAAAUAAAGACGUGAUUGAAUCAGUAGAAAAUGAUGGUACAUACAGUUCUCAAACACCGACACCAUCCUUAGGUGAUGAUAUUAUUGCUAGUAUUAAGCCAGAUGCUGUAAAAACUUAUUUUACAACUUACACAUUUUUCACAACGAUUUACGUAGGUUCUGAUGCAAAUGUUUGUAGUAGAAGUGAAAUACAUACUAAUUAUGCUGGUCCAGAUGACUUGAUACCAACCAAAAGUAGUCCUUUAGUAAUUGAAAAUACGAGAGCUCAAUUUGAUUUCAGAAAUUGUAAACAAAUUAAAUCUGACCAAAUUUCUCAAGAACCAUCAGAUAGCACAAAUCUUGAUGAAAAUAACUCUCAAAGUUUAGAAGAUUCCAAAAAAGGAAUACAACCAACACCUAUCGAAGUUGACAUGUUGCUGAGUAUUGAGUCAAAUCCAUUGGAAUCUGAAAACUCUUAUGUUACCGACUUUAAGUCAUCCUCAUCCAAGGGUGAGAGAAAGAUAAUAGACAAUAACAACAUUAUCUUAGACGACCAAAUAAGCUCAGAAAGUAACAUUGAAGAAAUUCUUCCUUCACCUACUCUAUUGUUACAAACAAGUUAUACGACAUUUACAUAUUUCACAACUAUGUAUAUAGGAAAGGAUUCAAGUAGAGUGAAAAGUCGUUUAGAAACUAUAACUGAUGUAGUAACAGAAACAAUCACCCCCAACCUGGAACCAGAAGAAGAUAGCAAUUUACCGAUUACGUAUUAUACGACAUUUACUUAUUGGACGACAUUAUCCAAAGACAAAUCCACAACAAUCACUAGUCGAGAGGAAAUAGUUUCGAAUGUGGUAACACCGACACCACAGGCGACUUCCACAAUUAGUCCGAUAGACACAACACCAAUAGAUGUUGAUAGUGUUUUACCGCCAAAAGAAUUAGAAAUAGGAUUGAAACCAUCAGCAUUAGACGAAAAUUUAGAAGCAGAUGACGGUAAAGCUACAUUUUACACUACGUAUACAUAUUUUACGACCUUCUACGCUGGAAAUAUAUCACAAAUCAGAAGCAGUUUGAAAACUGUAACAAACAUCGUGGAAAAUUCCCAGGCAGUUGAAGAUAAUCAAUUAGGACGCAAAGUAGGUAGUGUGCCAGUAGAUAAAAAUCUCAUUCAAGACAGUGGUGAUAAACCUCAAACCGGAAAUUCAUUACUUAAAGAAGAAAUUAAACCAACUAAAAUACCAGAUAUUUCAUCAGUUUCGUCUACAGUACUUUUGGGUACUUACAUUGAUAAUUUAUAUGCUGAAGUUAAACCUCCAGAAAAUAGUAAAGUUCCUGAAGAAAAGAAAAUAUUGUUCUCGCAAGUUGCAGUUAUAUCCGGUGAUUCAACUAUUGUGACAAGUGACAACAAAACUCUACAAGAUAUUCCAAAUACAUCUACAACCACAACAACUACAACAUCAACGACUACUACCACUACAGAGGAAUCAAUAACUAGUCCUUCCCCUGAUGUUAUUGAAGGUUCAGUGGAAGAGACUACUACUGAAUCUAAGCCAGAACAAGAGGAAGAAAAUGAUUCCAGUUCGAAAAAGAAGGGUCGUCUUACAUUUACAACUAAGAAACCAUCAUUUACCCCAGUAAUUAUACCAUUUGCAUCAAGAAAUAGACCAACGUUUAGCCCCAAACGUGUACCUUUAUUAAGUAGUGCUACCACUAUUACCCGUGCUGAUUCUACACCAACUAUAACAGCAACUCCGACAUUGAAAUCAGUUCGACCAUCAGGAUUUGGUGGUAUUAAUAGAAAACAAUCUGCAUCACCUGUAUCUCCUGGGCGAAGAUUUUCUGGUCGUAGUAGCGGUGUAAGCUUAUCUGUCAAUAUUCCAUCUGCAUCCAGAGCUGGAGGUUUUGGAAGAGCAAGUAUUCAACCUUCUUCAAGAAGAACAGGAUUUAGAUCUAGCUCAUUAAGAAGUAACAGUUUAGACUUUGCCAGUAGAUCCGCAGUACCGCGAAUAAGGCCAACUGCUUCUUCUAGACUAAGAAAUAGUAGACAAUCCUCAACCUUAUUCCUCGCCACUAAUGAACAAAAUGAAUCUGAAACCACCCAAAUUGAAGAAAAUGUUACGGAAUCCUUAGAUGAAGUAACAGAAACAUUACUAAGAACAACAAGUAACCCAUUACUGAAAUUUAGAAGACCACCUAUUGCUAGACAACCAGGUACAGCAAUAUUGCCCCGAUCAACUACACCGACGGUAAAAAGGAGUGGAAAUCUACGCGGUAGAACAACAACUACAACAACAAAGCGCACCACGAGACGUUCAACGGCGAAUCCGUUAUUAUCUUUACGUAGACAACGACCAAACUCUCUUUUCCCGAGAAGAAAUCUAUUCAGGCAACCAGAACCAGAGCCUGAAGAAGAGAUCAAAGAAAAUGAACAGAAAGUAGAAGAGGAAGAAGAAUUAUUAGAGGAGGAAGAAUUUGAAGAAGACAAUGAUUAUGAAUCGUCUGAUAGGAAAGAACAACAAGUUGCCACCCCACCUACAUUGGCUGCCAAACAAAAUAAUAUAGUACAAAUUAGACCUUUUGCCAUCAGAAGGCGAACAAAGCGUCAAGUUGAUUAUGGAAAUAGAAAGUAUAAUAAUUUUAGAAGACCAGGGCUUAAAUCUGCUUCAACGCGUAAACCGGAACCGGAACCCGAAACAGAAGCUCCUGCGCCCGCUACUCCAAAACAAAAAACAAGUCGUUACAAUGGACGAACAUCCAAAACUACUACAGCCGCUGCACCCAAGUCAUCACCUAGACAAUCUUUUAUAGUUCGUGGUGAAAGUCGAACUUCAAGUACAACGUCUGCCCCGGCGUAUAGAAGAGGUAAAGCUAGACCAUCAUCAAGAACCACCACCCAUUCCUCUAGACCAAAGGCACCAAGAUUGUCUAGUAAGAGUUCUGAUAGAUCCAGGCCAGGUUCAUCGCGCAGUUCUACUAGUAGAUCUCGUACUCGUACUACUACAAACAGAGCAUCAAGUAGACAGCGCAGUUCAUUUGAAAAUCUAAGCGCGGAGAGACAUAGACAGGACUCUUACAAUAAUCUGUUAAAUGAUGGAAAAAUUACCAUAACUCAUCAAAUUCCUGUUGAAGUCACAGUACCGGUCGUUAAUGGAAAAAUAACCGAAUACAAAAACCUUUUAUCGGCUAAGCCCAGUGUCGAAACUUUGUUGUUGAACCAAAUUUCUACAUCUAUUGGUCCGCUUGGUAAUCAACAGCUAGUCCUUGCAAUUGAAUCCACUGAAUUAGCCGACAAUGGCGCUACUAAAGUAACAAAAUACGUUUUACACGAGACGCCAACAACUACAGUUAUUUUUACCCCCACCACCAUAAGAGGCCGGAAAACUUCCUACUCACAUAUUUUACCCAGUACUGUAUAUAAUGUAGAGCCUGUCGUUCAAACAAUAAGUCCUGAAAUCAACGCAAAUGUACCUUUAGCCAAUUUAUUACUAUCACAACUUUUAUUGGGUAAUCAACAACCUGCUAUAAAUCCACUUUUGGCAUUACAAGGUCAAGCUUUCUUACCUCAACAACAAGUUGUACAAACACCUGUCACUGAGUACAAAACUAGAACAACUACUUUCGUUACAACUGUAACAGAUGCUAGGGAAACCGUUUUACCUAUUACAUUUAAAGGUAAAGCUAUUCUCACAACGAUUGUUGAUCCAACAACUAAUGUGAUUACAGCAACAGAAUUUGUCACCGACACUGUUGUAACUACGCCUACUGUACUUGCACCUCCUCCUCAAUUAAAUUCUUUGUUAUUACCUUUGUUAUUACAACAGCAACAACAGCAGCAACAACAACAACAACAACAACUUUUAUCCUUACCCACAGCUAAUCCUUUAUUAGGUUUAGCACAACAAGACCUUAAUCUGUUGCCUAAUAACAAUUUGAAUUUAAAUAACGAUAUUUAUAGUAACAGUCCUAAACCCAAUAUUCUCUCUGAUCUGAACAGUAACGAAGACUUUUCUGAAGACAUUGAGGAAAGCGGUGAAGAUACUCUUCCUCCCCCACCACCGCCUUCCUCAUCUUCUCACGUACGUCAUAGAGUAAGGACGCCAAAACCCAGUCCACCGAAAAUGACUAGUGUUGUAACUUUAUACGUUUCUGGUAAAUUCCCUGGAGAAUUCAGUACCGUACUUUCUACUAUUGUAUCAGAUGAUACACAAACAGUAAGAAAACGUGAAGCUAUUUAUUACGAUGAUGUUCAAAUAACGUCUACUCUUUUACCAUCUAUUGAUCAACUCUUAGGCUCACAAUCUGAUAUAUUGGAUAACGGAAUCGCUUAUGAUGAAAAUAAUUCGUCAGCAGAAAGUAAAGGUGAAACUCAAAGCCUUGAAAGUAUAGUCGGAAAGAUCCACGACCAUAUAAAAUAUGACGCGUCACCAACUUAUAUUGUGAAAUUGGGAAACCCAUCUUCCAUUAGAGGUAGAGAACAAACAUUAGUUGACGAUGUCUUGUUGACUGAUGACGUAUUGAACAUGAUGACGUCACAAAGGACUAGACAUCUCAAGAUUCCCGACGACCUCUUACCGGAGGACUCCAAAAUCCACAUCCUGAGAUCAUCCAAGUCCAAAGCAUUUGAUACCAACGGUAUUGUAUUUGAUAAUUCACCAUGGAGACCAGGACGUGAGAUGCCGAUGGAACAUCGGGAAAUUGUAGAAGACGAAAGGAAAAUAAAGAAUGUAGCAACAAGAAUAAUGUCGAAUGGAGUUGAAGUGUUAGUCAAAGACAAAAGUACAGAUAAUAAACAAGAUUCGCUUAAAUUCAUGGAGAUAAAAACUAUACAGCCAUCAGCACCAAAUACUAUGUACGUUAGUGCCUACACUAAAAUUGAUAAAAGAUUUGACAAUCAACAAGGCAAUAUUCAUAAUUUUGAUUUAAUACAACCUUCUGAAGUUGGUCAACCACCUUGUUCUACAUCAUGCUCUUGUAGUGAUACAAAAACAGAAAGCUUAAAAACAAAGUACACAAGUUCAACUCCAGAGACAUACAAUACAAAACCAAGUAAUCAUGACUUUGUUAAAGCAGAAGUACUACCAACACAAAAGGAAUCAGACAAAAAUAGUCAGUAUAAUAUUUAUGGCUCUGAACAUAAUGUUCAUUCAGCACCGACAGAUAAAAUAGUAGAAAAGUAUACAGAAGUUAUCAAUGAUUACUCUGAUGAAAAAGAUUCUAAUUCUAUUAAAGAAAGUGAUUUACUUACUAACGAACAAGCUCCAACACCAUCUAAAACAGAUAAAAUAACCAACAAAGAGCCAGAAAAGAACAAACCAGAUAAAUCUCCAAAACCUAAUAAAAACAAUUUUAUUGUAGCUGAUCUUUUAAAAUUAGGCUCAUUAAGUAUAAAAGGAUUAUCACAAUUAGCACCUGUUAUAGAAAAGAUGACAGAUACAUUUAUGAAGAGACAGGAUGUUAAUAAAACUGCAACAACGACGACAACUACAACAACCAUUAAGCCAGCAAAGAAAAUAACACCUUAUAUAGCUAACAAAAGAGUCGACAAUGACAUGGAAUUUAAACAUAGUAACUUUCCAAUUUAUAUACCUGUUGAUGAAAUGGAAACCUCGGAAUCACAAAUCGCAUUUACUAAUGCAACAUUGCAUCAAAACUUUGCUUGGGCAGCAGAAUUUAAGCAACCAAAAGCUAAUAAAGCGCCACCAAAAAUAAUACACGAAAGUCCUUUAGUAAAUGGAGGCAUACCAAUUAGUCCCGGAGAAAUAAUUACUGCAAAUUCUGAUGUCAUUGUCGGGAAACCGGCUGUUGGUGGACCAUUUACUUUAGGAUCAAGCGGAAUGAAAUUACAGAACCCAGUGAACCCUCCACCUAUCGAUAAUUAUAUGUCAAACAAUGAACCUUAUUUGGUUGCAGCAAAAUUACCUUUAGGCGAAGGUUCAUUGAUGCCAUCGAAGGCUGAUGAUUCAUUCGAUUUGAGACCUCCUGAACUACCUAAAGUAAAACCUAAGCCGAACAGAGAACAAAAUAGGGUACCUAACUCAAAUAUUAAAAAUAUGUAUUCAAAUAAUAAAAAUACUCAGUCAUCUUUAUUCAAUCAACAAAAGAUAUCAGAUCAAAAGAAAGAUUCAGCAAUUGGAAGUCAUGGUGUGUCCGCAUUUUUGGACUACAUUCCGUCUUAUUCAAAACCUACAAGUAAAUCGCCUCUUGAGCAUCAUGUUGAUUUUAGACCUUUUAAUAAUGAUAAUAAAAAAGAAAUGCUUGAUAACAAUCCCAGCUCCUCAGAAAUAAUAAGUACAAGUGUUACAACCGAUGGAAAAUACGCUGUUUCUAUAAGUCCAGAUUCAGUAAAUAAACCAUUUUUGGUAGAUAUUCAGCCUUCAAGAGUAGCAAAUGUUAUUAUUCCCCACGGGAGUUCAACCGCUCUGGUUUUUGCUGGUUCAUCAGAACCUCAUAAAACUGGUGAAUAUAUCGACGAUCCUUUGCCGUAUCCGGAACCAGGGUAUUUUGGUAGUUUUAGUAUAGAUGCACCUCAAAUGACUAAUGUUCAUAACGUUGUUCCAAAUAAUAACCAGUUUUUGAUAAAACCUGGCAAUCCAUCUUCAGUAUCUUUGAAGCAAUAUCCGUCUGCGCAACAAGACCAUCAGUACAGAAACGAUGGAAAAGUUAAAUGGAAAGACAAUAAGCGACCUAUGGGUUUAAAUAACUUACCGCCUCCCGUUAGCAAUCAAGAAACACAUCUUCAUGUAGGUCCUCAGGUUGUUUAUAAUCCUGAUGCGUAUAAGGGAAAUAAUCAAAAAGUAAACCUGAAUAGGGAAAAUGACAAAUCUAAAAGUGGAAAAGAAAUAAUUGACAAAGAGUACGAAAACUAUUUGGCUGUUCCACCGCCGCCGCCACCUAAAAUGCAUGCUAACCAUGAUAAUCGUUUUGAAAAUAACAAGCCAUACAAUCAACGACCCAUGAUUCAUACGCAACCUAUUCAAGAUAUGAAAGUAUUUCUAAAUGUUCAACAUCCAGUACCGAAAAUAACAAAUAAUGAUCGCAUGCCUCCUAAAGUAACUUCGGAAGUUUAUUUUGCAGCUCAAGCUUCAAAUACUAAGCCGACCUCUUCAUAUACUAUUCAGUUGCCACCGACCAAUCAACCUACCUAUGGAAGACCUCAAGGAAAAUUGCCAAACAAUUAUGCGCAACCAAGUAUAAAUAACCAUACCUUCAUCACGCAAAUGUCAGGUUUACCUCUGGGUACAGUAUCUUCACCAAAUUUGGAUAAUAAAUCACAAUUGCAUGACGAUAGAAAAGACAUAGUUAAAUUUAACGCAGUUCCUAAUGUAAGAGAUAAAACGAUACAAAGCUUAAGCUUCACCACAUCUGCUCCAAUAACUACCCCUACUUCAUUACCUCAAUUAAAUACCGAUAUACCAAUCGGCAGCAAUAUAGUUAUAAGAGUUGAAGAUGAUCCAUCGAGAUUUGAAGGUUUGCCUAUACAUAGUAAUAAACAACAGAAAAUAAAUUAUAAUAACCACGGUCGUGUACCCUCAGAAGUUUUGUUACAGAAUAACCAAUGGAAUAAAUCACAAGUCAAUAAGGAAUUGAUAUAUGGUCGCCCAAUUAACAAUGAUGACAUAAUUGAAGGACAUUUUAAGAAAGAUGUCUUCCCAUCUAUACCACCAUCUUUGAACAGUCACGCGAAUUUCCCUAUGAUUAAUGAUCAUGUAAUUACCAAACAAGACUUCAGUUCGAAAAAUAAGAACAACGUGGAUAAUGUAAAGGUGUUUGAUAAUAAUCAGAGACCAGUAAUCUCAAAGCCAAAUACUCCAACAAAUUCUCACGGUUGGUACUCCGGCUCGUAUUUCAAUGAGAACAAUUUGAAGAAUAUAAAUAAUAUACACAUUGAGGUAACUACCAGGAAAGUGAUACCAAUUUCAAACGAUUAUAAUAGAGAGAACAUACCAGAAUUUGGACAUAAGAUUGCUAGCAUAGGAAAACCACCAGUGUGGCAGGAUAGUCAAGAUUUUACAAGUUACUUAAGUAUAGGUAAACCAUUUUCGAAAUCGCCAGAAUACAUAAAUUCAACUACAAGUACCCCAACCACUAAAGUACCACCGACUCACAGACCUAAUUUGCCUUCAAAUAUUGGACCACAUCAACCAGCAUACGAUAUACCAAUAAGGGAUAAUAGUCACGAAACUACAACCAUUAAAACAAAUAAAAUUAAGCCAGUUUAUGAAAAUUCUGAGGAAAUAUAUGACGGAGAAGAUGAAUUUGAAAGCAAUGAAAGUGAAGCAGACGGAGAAGUUAGUUUAGAAUCUAUGAAAGUGCCCGUCAUAACAUCUUCUAGCGAAGCAGAUAAUAUUUCUCACAACUUUGGACCCUUACACCAUAAAGGUCAUGGUUUCGUACCACAAAAAAGUGUAGACACAAAUACAAAAGAAGACUUUAAUUCAGGCACCCAAACAGAGAAGCCGUUUGGUUCCUUUAAUAACAGCCAAGGAUUUAAAUCUAAUGAAAUAAAACAGAUUGAUUAUGACAAAAAACUGUCUAUGAAACCAAGACCAUUUACAAUGAAUACUGUUAUACCACUAGACCAUCAACUACAGCAGCCACACUGGCAAAUAAAUCAAUUAAUAGAAAAUUCCUCAAACGCAUCAAAUGAAGAAAACCUAGAUUUGAAUAUAGGAGAACAAAUUGGUACAUCACAAAAGCCGACAUUGGAAACAGAUAUUAAUAAUUCUAAUAAGAACCAUGAGACAGUAAAAGACUCAAGAAUAACAACAGAGUUAAAUAGAACAAAGUUUGUUAACGAGACCCCGAAUAUCAUAACGUCGACAGUACAUAUCAAAGAUAAAAAACCUUUAAUUGUAGCUGUAACAGAAAAAUCAAGCUUGCCUACCUUUACAAUUAAAAGUGAAUAUAACAAAUCUCAGACAGAUGAUAUUAUUAAUUUGUCACCUCCCCCUCCCGCUUUUGAUUUUAAUUUCAAACUGUCAACAAAGGAUGAGGUUAUUAUGGGUAUGAGUCCACCGCCACCAAGAACGCCAUCUCUGGCACGACCUACACUGCGGCCACCUCUUACUUCUCGGCCAAUUUUGCCAUCAAGAACACCUCCUCCUUAUAGAACUUUACCACCCAGGACAUUACCACCAAGAACAUCACAGCCUAAUAAGAGACCUAUAAAUAAGGAUGAAAUAUCUACUUACAGGCCGACAUAUGAUAUUGUUAAUAAGCUUAUUCGUCCAAAUAUUAAUCGCGAUCAACCAUCAUCACAAUUAUUACCUCCUCCAAUAGAUUUACCAUCCAAGACUGUUCAGAUUUCAGAAAUUGAAUUGCAGCCACCGCCUGUAAGUGCAUCUUCUUUGAAUCCUAGUGUUGUUUUCUCAACACCUGUAUCUUCAAGUUGGUUAACUUCAAGCGGUAUAGAUUUCUCUUCAAAAUUCAAUUUUGCUCCGACGUCAAUACAUUUCCCUCGUCCUACUAAACCUUCUAAAGUUGUUGAAAUACCUGACGUGAUUUCGUCAGAAAACCUAGACCAUUCAGUUUCCUACGAAAGCGAAGUCUCUAAUGAAAAUGUGGAUACCUCUUAUUCUAAUGACAAUGCUAACCAACAUUCACAUUCCCAAGAAUCGGGUACUGAUAUGACUUAUGAGUCUUCUGCUUCUUCCGAAGAAUUUGAGAACCACGAAAAUCACACAUCUCCUUUCGGAAUAAAUAAGAAGCCUAAAGACAAAGUAAAAAUUGUUUCUCCAGUAAACAGAAACAGAACACGUAAACCUUACCCUGUUCGUAAUGACGACAAAAAGAUAAACACCAGCAAGACUAAAUUGCCAUCUAGACCGUCAAUUAACAUAACGCCAAGCAGAAUUUUGAAUAGACCUGAAAUAUUAUAUCCGCCUAGAGGGACGCCAAACCGUAAUGCCGUAAGACCAAUAUCUUCAAGACCCGUGGUAACUCUAGCGACACCAAUAUUGGAAAGCUCUGAGUCCUCACUUGCUGAUGAUUUUAUAAGACCAACAGAAGUUUUAGAACAGACGCAAUUACCGUCAUUGCUACAACCCGGAAUAAACUCGUUAAUAGAAAAUACAAACACGCCUACUGCAUCUUUACCUAGCCAAACUAAUAUCAUAAGUAGUCAACCAAUUCACCACGGAGGCAAUGAAAUAAAAAUAUCAGACGACAUAAUUCCAACUAAAACUGAAUUUAAAACUACAGUCGUUACUUUGACGAAGACUUUAUCAGAGCCGCCAAAGACAGUCUCAAGCAUUGGUUAUGUCAAUUUAACUCACACUUUAACUGUGACUCAUACAAAAACAAGUCUCGUAAGCCAAUCAGAAGGAGCUGUAACCCAAACUUUAGUUGUUACAAACACACAAACAUCCACUAUUGUUGAUGUCGUAACUAAAAUACAUACGGAAGUACAACCUACAACAAUAGUCGAAACGGUAACAAAACACAUACCUAUUUUACAAGUCCAACCAACUACUGUUAAAGAAGUUAAGGAAGUGACAAAAACUAAAUUAGCACUUGACGAUAUAUCAAUGUCGUCUGAAGAAAGUGAUAACUUCAUAAUAAAAGAUGCAGAAACCACAGAAAACAUUCAAAAGAUCGAUCAUGACGGAGAAAAUGAUAGUGAUACAUUCUUUGUUGUUAUGAAUAAGUCACAAAAUGGUGGUAAAUCUCCUCCAAUAAAUACAGAAAUCGAGACUGGCGAUUACGAUAUUACGAGAAACGAACAAGUAAACAGUAAUGGUGUAUCACAAGUUCUCUUUGGUGAAAUAUUAUUAGCUGGAACACCUUAUCUGGAAACAUCAAAUGUUCAUCCAGCUGGUUUCGGUAAAGAAUGUCAGCCAGAUUGUAAAGCAUCUAGAAACGAGAGAUGUCAAAGAAUCGAUGGAAUGAUGAAAUGUGUCUGUCGACCUGGCUUCGCUAGAAUGUUCCCUGACAGACCUUGUAAACCUACGUAUACAUAUUCUGUGAAACUAGCUUUGAAGUCUCAAGGUCAUGAUCGUCUUGUGUUCCAUGAGAGUUUGUCAGAUAUUUCAAGCAAACAAUACCAUAAGUUGGCGAUUGCAACUCAUGAAGGCAUCAAUAGAAUGAUAAUGCAGUCUGACCUAAGAGAUGUAUAUCAUGGUGUUCACAUAUCCGGAUUCUAUCCAGUUGAUAUUACGCCGGUUAAGGGAGAUAAAUAUCAAGGAGUUGUUAAUGAUUUCUAUGUUCAGCUCUCAGACAAUGCCCACGAGAGCAGAUUGAAAGAAGUCAUUGAAAAAUACUUAAGGAACAACAACUACAGUCUUGGAGGAACAGAUGUGUUUGCGGCUGGUGAAUUGAUGGAUAAAUUGGAUGUUAGCGAUUUCGACGAGUGUGUGAGCGCGCAGUUCCAUGAUUGUUCAGAGCACGCGCGCUGCUUCAACUUACGCGGGACCUACACGUGCAGCUGUCUAGAAGGUUAUGGAGAUCUGAGUGUCAACCCGCUAUACCCCGGCAGGAUAUGUUCGGCGGAGCCUGUGGGAUGUGAGCGCUGCAACUAUCACGGCGCGUGCUACUCACGUGACGACCAGCGCGUGCUCUGUGAGUGCUUCCAGUGGCACGCUGGAGCCUCAUGCCAGAUCAACCUUAAAGUGGUACUGAUAUCCCUGGUGGUGUGUGGGGCGCUGCUGACGGCAGUGCUGGGUCUGUGCGCUGUGCUGGCUUGCCGGCGCUCCCCCGCGCGCCCCGCACACGCCCCGCAGCGCUCCAUUGUCGCCUGCAUACAGGGCAUGCCCAGUUUGCAUCAGGGUACAGUUCCAUCAAAGAAGCGAGCGGACAAGCGGGCGCUGAUACCGGAGCGGACGGAGUCGGGUGACGCCUCUAGUAUACAGAACGCGUCUCUGCCAUAUCUGCCGUCUAAGCGAGCGUCAUCUAGCAAGAAGUUCGUGGCGAUGUCAGAUCCCCCCGCGCACGCCCCGCCCCCACCCCCGCCCGCACCCGCUGUCGUCAUCCCCCGCGCGCGUCUGCACCCGCACCACUCUGACAGCCGCGAUAAUCUCGCGAGGAAGAGGAGCUUGGAGUUAAGCAGUGAAGCCAAGCUCAUCAGCUAUUUAGAGUCAGGAGCUACCAACACUAAUGAUGAAAUGAGAAGAAAACACAGUUUGGAAUCAUCUUAUAGUGCACAGAAGGAUAGACAUAAUAAACAAGGGGCCCUAAUAUCAGCCGGAUUCAAAGUGUCAACAACAAUCCGUCCGGACGAGACAAUGGAUCGUGACAAGAAGGAUGACAGAGAUGACAUCUCCUCAGUCAACAAGACUGACAUUGAUGGAGAACUUUCUAGAUUCAGCACGUUGAGGAAGUCGUAUAGUCAAGAAGAUUUAUCAGAAUGGACAGACGCUGAGAGGAGAAUUGGUGAAUUGACGCUGUCGGAGGCGAGGUCAGUGGGCGGCACUCUGCCAGCGAGCACUGGCAGAGCUGCAUCCUCCACACGACUCACACAUCAGGAGGCAAACACGAUGGCGGAGCGCGACCUGGGCUCCACCUUCCUCUUACCGCACGUACACCUCUAUAAACCUGACCUUACCAGUGACGUAUCGGAGUUUGAUUCGUUGUGAAGAUGAAGAACAUUCAAGAUAUUAAUAAGUAUUUAUUUUGAAAUAAGAAGACUUGGCAGAUUGAAUAUAAGAAGUUUAGAGAGAAGAAUAA